UGUAUAUUUACGGUUCUUUGUUCAAUUGGACUAAAACACAAAUCUUUGCCUGGUUGUUGGGAGAUGUAUUUUCUGGGAAAACUUUGAGAUGAAGGUAUUUGCCAUGGUUUAAUGGGAACAAAUCUGUUGAAUUUCUUGUUUGUGAAACGUUAAUGGAGGAGAGGAAAUUGAAUUUCAAUGCUCCGCUUUUGUCUGUGAGGCGGUUUUCCGGGACAUCUUCCUUUCCAGAUCGGAAUAAGCAGAAGAAAGUUGAGAAUCCUCCUCCCACGGCACGAUUUGCUCUCCCCUGGUAUUGCUCGGAUGCGAGUUCGGAGCAGGUGACAGAACCUGUUGCGGUUCCUUUUGUGUGGGAGCAGAUCCCCGGGAAAGUGAAAGGUGGUGCAGAGCUUGAGUUCGAGCCCGAUAAGGAAGCUUCGGGUACUCCCAGGCUUCCACCUGGGAGGAUUCCAAAGGUUGUCAAGUGUCCUAUGGAGGAAGAGUACGUAAAUCAGGAUGUGGUCAGGCCCCAAACUGAAACGUAUGCUCUGAAUGAUAAUGUGAAUAACUUAGACUGUUUGAACGAGGGAAUGAACGAGAAAUGUGUCUCGCGAUCGGACAACGACGAUGAUGUUUAUUCCAAUGCGCUCGAGACAUUGUCCCCAACAGAUGCAUUCUCCAUGAAUUGUAGUAUAAGUGGUCUAAGUGGAUCAGAUGGUCCAGUUGCUAAACCAUCAGGAACGUUCUCUACGGAUCCACAAACUCAGGAUUUCAUGUUGCAGCGCUUUUUGCCCGCUGCAGUGGCAAUGACCCUGGAGACACCUAAGUAUGCUUAUAGGAAGCAAUCAGUGGCACCCGAACAACCUAGAGAGAUUAAGAAAGCUGUCAUUGCGGAUAGGAAACCUCCUUUCAAUCGAUACGAGUCAGCUAUCGUUCCAUAUCAUAACCAGGAUGUAGGAGGAGGAGAAGAAGAAACAGGAGACGAAUUUGAUGACUAUCAGGAUUCUGGCAAUUUAUCAAGAAAAGCUUGCGGGUUAUUGCCUCGGUUAUGCUUCCAGAGCUCUCUGGGCCUCUUACAUCCUGUGCCUGGAUUAAAAGUUAGAUCCCACUCUUCAAUGUCUUCUGCUCGUGAAAUUUCGAAGUCUCGAAGACAAAUUGUUGAGAAGAAUGCUUGGGAUGUUGUUCGUAAGAACAAAUCAGAUGGGGGAGUUCAAUCCACCUGGCUUGCAGUGAACAAGUCGGAUAGUGCAGUUCAAUCACCGAGGCUCUUGAAGGACAAAUCAGAUAGGGGAGUUCAAUACGCCUGGCUUCCAGUGAACAAGUUGGAUAGUGCAGUUCAAUCACCGAGGAUCUCGAAGGACGAAUCAGAUAGCGGAGUUCAAUUCCCCGGGCUCCUAGUGAACAGAUCAGGAAGUGCUGUUCAAUCACCGAGGAUCUCGAAGGACAAACCAGACAGGGGAGGUCAAUCCCCCAGGCUCCUAGUGAGCAAAUCAGAUAGUGCAUUUCAACCACCGAGGCUCUCGAAAGACAAAUCGGAUACUGAAGUUCAACACCCUAGGCUUCCAGGUAGUGGUCGCAUUUCUCCUUAUCGUAGGGAGAGACCUCAAUCACCUUUCCGUGGAGGGGGAUUUCUUGGCUUGCCUAAAGAAGCUGAGAAAUACAAAGCCAAUAUGAUGGUUAAGUACACCAGAAGCAAUAACAACUCACGCGAAUUAGUACCGUACCGAAACACUGGACAAGGCUCCAGUUCUCCGAGCCUUGCAGUCGAGAAAACAUUGUUUGUAGAUACUGUGAAUUCUGCUGAAACUUCAACUUUCAAUUCCUCGGAUACCAAAGUCCAAAUGGACUCCACUGGAGUGAACAAAGCGUUGGAAGAACCUGCUACUAUGGAUGCCAAAGGCCUCAAUCUUUUGGAUGGAAAAGGCAUAUCGGAAUAUAAAAUCGCAGAGUCAGUGAAACCCAGUCAAUCUUCUUUCUCCGACAAGCCCGAUCCCGGACAAAAUGGGGGACUGGAUCCGGUAAUUAAGUCCUUGGAGCAUAUACAAGUUAGAGCUGAUGGAAAUCUGAGCCGCCCCGAUGAUGAUGCUGAUUCGAAAGCAGCUGAUGAAGCUCGUGCCGGUUCCGAUUACUCUCCUCUUCCACCUCCUUUUCCGAAAACACCAUCGGAGUCUUGGCUUUGGCGUGCCCUGCCUUCUAGAAAAUCAUCUUCGCAGUCGUACGAUGGCACUCGUUUUAAACCGAAAAUGCAUGAACCAAAGCCACCUCCUACUGAUGCCAAAUGGGAAACAAUUGUAAAAACUUCUUACUUACAUCAUGAUCACGUCCGCUAUUCCCAGGAACUAGUAACUCCCUUUUCUCAGCAACCCAAAACUUAAGGGGGAAAAAAACAAUAAGGGCAUCAUUGAAUUCCUCGUACCCGCUGCCUUAGUUUCGGCAGUUUAGGUUUCGACAUGGUCAGAGCUGGUUAAGAUUUUGCUGCAGCCUACCAUUUUUCUCCUGCGACUGGAUUUGUUAGCUGUCGUUAUUAUACAAGCUUGUAAUUCUGUUUCCUUAUACGUCAACCAUAACUGCAAGCCGAGGCCACUGUUACAUCAAAGUCCGAUUCUAGUGAUGUAAUGGCCACAAUAUUUUUUUUUUCAAAUUUUCUAAUUGGAUGUGGUGCUUGUCUUGCUUAGGAAUAAACAGAUUGUUGUGAAAA